AGCUUGAAUCCAAUAUAAUCUAAUAAUUUUAACAUUUAAACUACAGUUUAAUGCUAACUUUGUGCUUACAGGAUUUUAGUUUAAACUUUGAACGUUGAUAAAAGCUCUGAGCCACAUACUGCUACAGGCUGGGGAAUGAGUGCCUUAUACGUGACUUUAAAUGGAAAGCCCGAAAACGGCGUUAGAACUUUACCAACAACUGAGAUGGAACGGCGGAGAUUCUGUAGGCAACUUAUCUUUGGGUUGCCAGCUUUUAGAUAAGCACUUUAAAGGCGGCCUCUUAACGACUGGAAUCACGGAACUUACAGGAGGGAGCGCCACAGGCAAAACUCAAAUAUGUUUGCAAUUAUGUCUCACAGUGCAACUUCCUAUGGAGUACGGCGGGCUUGAUGGAGGUGCAUUAUACAUUUCUACUGAAGAUUUGUUUCCCAGUGAGAGAUUAGAACAACUAAUCAGAAGCCUUCCAUCCCGUUAUCCUCAAAUUUUGCAUUCCUUUCUUCGAAAUCAUCCUUUUAAAGAUUACAUUCUUGUCAAUCACGCUAGAGAACUGCACCAUCUUGAGCGACUAUUGGAAAACAAGAUACCCAAGUUCCUUUGUGCCAGUCGAUCAAGCAGGCCAAUCAAACUUCUUAUUAUCGAUUCUUUAACUGCUUUGUUCCGGACAGAAUUUGGUUAUAAGGAAUGUUUGCAGCGAAGCCACGUGCUUCACCGUUUUGCAAGUGCACUGAAAAAGUUGUCUCACAUCUACCAUCUUCCAGUUGUGAUAGUAAAUCAGGUCAGCGAUUGGCUCGUGGAUGUUGACAGUGGUGGCUAUUGCGCUGAUCUUGUAGGAAAUGCUAUCCCCUCCUUAGGGCUGGUAUGGUCCAAUAUGGUUAAUACGAGGAUCGCCCUUAAACGCGAAGAGCAAGUCGGCAUAGAAAAGAAGACCUUCACCGUUCGUACUAUGAGCGUCUUGCUAUCUCCGAAUUUGCCUAGAAAGAAACUUAAAUUUACUAUUGAUCUUACAGGCGUUAGCCACACUGGCAUAAUAAAAUAA